AUGAUAAAGUCAAACUUAAAGUACAUUAUUUAAUCCUUACUUGAAUAUAAAUAAAUAUUGGAGAUAAGAUUAGUUUAUGCUGUCAAGUAUACUAAAUUAAAGAUAGAAAUAAUUUAUUUAGCUAUUUUGAAAAACGCUUCUUUCUGUGAAGACAUUGAUAAAUAUUUUAAAGUGGUUUCAGGUAUAGUAAAUGGAGAAGGAAUCAAAAUGUCUGAUUUGGAAGCAGAUGUUUAUUAUCUAUUUUAGAAUCUCAAAGAAGAAGAGAUGCUAUUAAAAUUGAAUGAGACACUUUAAUAUUGUAAACCAGAGAAGAAACCUAUUUAUAGAAUUGCAUUUUGA